AUGGGUCGUGUACGCACUAAGACUGUGAAGAAAUCCUCCCGUCAAGUUAUUGAGCGCUACUACUCCAAGAUGACUUUGGACUUCCACACCAACAAGAAGGUCCUGGAGGAGGUGGCUAUCAUCCCCUCCAAGCGCCUCCGCAACAAGAUUGCAGGUUUCUCCACUCACCUGAUGAAAAGAAUCCAGAAGGGACCUGUACGUGGGAUCUCCCUGAAGCUGCAGGAGGAGGAGCGCGAGCGCCGUAUGGACUUUGUGCCUGAUGAAUCCGCCAUCAAGAUUGAUCGCAUCGAGGUUGACCAGGAAACUGUUGACUUGUUAGAGACUCUCGGCAUGAAGGAUCUUCCAGGCGUCGUGCUCAGGGAAGACCAGGGACCCGUCAAUGUGGCGCCUGCUAUGAACUAUGGCCGUGGCGGUGGUGGUGGCAGGCGUUAUUGA